CAAAUGUCAACUGUCUCGUGAGAUGACUACAAGAAUAUGGUCCUGUCUCAGUUCCUUCACCUCACUGAACCAUCUCAACAUCUCAGACUCAUCUAUCGAUUUCCCUCCAUCUCCUCCUGCGCUACCAUCCAUCAGAAAGCUAUCAGCUAUGAGAGUGACGUCACAAUUCUAUGAAGGUCUCAUCUCAUCACUCCCUGCUUUGGUAAAAAUCGAUAUCACUAUCGAUGAUGCGGAGGGAGACAUAUCCAAUAUAACGGCUGGUCUUCGUGGGACUGGAGGACGGAAACUCACAUGCAUUAAACUUCGCACUUCGAGAUCACUCCCAACAGAGAAGAGUCGUGUAUCUAGAGAGACAAUGAGAGGACUGGGUCUGCUUAUUAAGGAACGUACCAAGAACCUGAAGUAUCUCUUUCUGGAAUGGGUGAAGUGCACAGACGAGGAUGACAUGAUUUAUCUCAUUGAAUGCUGCAGACAUGUGAAGAAGAUGAUAUACGUAGAGUAG